AUGGGGACAGUCACAUGGAGCUGUGGUGCCGUGAUCCUGCUGGCCAUAAUUUGUUCAUGUCGUGCCAUCACUCUGGAGUCCAUCCACUGGAGCAGCUCCAAUACAAAAUUUACUCCAGGUCAGGGUUUGGUCCUCUAUCCUCAAAUAGGGGACAAGAUGGACAUUGUGUGUCCACGGGCAGACGCUUCCUUGGGUGGAAAGGAGGAGUUCUACCGGGUGUAUCUGGUCUCUCGAAGUCAGAUGGAGAGCUGCACCAUUGACAAGACAGACACACCCCUGCUGAACUGUGACAAGCCUCACCGGGACGUCAAGUUCACGUUUAAGUUCCAGGAGUUCAGCCCCAACCUCUGGGGGUUGGAGUUCCUUAAGGGGAAGGACUAUUAUAUCACCUCCACAUCCACAGGCUCCCUGCAGGGUCUGGAUAACACUAAUGGAGGGGUGUGUAGAACCAAAUCCAUGAAGCUAGUGUUGAGAGUCGGCCAAAGCGCUUCCGAUCCACCUUCAACACUCCAGGAGUCCCCCACCCGAUUUCCACCCACACGACCAAAGUCUAAGGACCCCUCCCCAAAAGAGAAGGAUAACAAUGGCAAAACUGAAACAGGACAAACAAACCCCAGUGGCAGCGGUGGCUCUGAGCCAGGACUGUUCAUGUGGGUUGUCUCUGGCUGCGUGAUCGUCCUUCUGGUCAUCAUAAUUCUGCUGGUCCUGCUGUGGAGGUACCAUCGCCGUCACUGCGUCCCAGAUAGCCAGCAGUCUGCCUCUGUGUCCCUCAACACUUUGGCUGUGCCAAAGCGGGACAGCAUCAGCAGCGACAACAACGGCUCAGACCGCAGCGAUGUUGUCUGUCCUCUGCGGGCUUCUGACAGCAUGAUCUGUCGUCAUUAUGAGCGCGUGAGCAGUGACUACGGGCCCCCUGUGUACAUAGUUCAGGAGAUAACGCCCCAGAAUCCCACCAACAUCUACUACAAAGUCUAAUGUUUGCUGCUGUAAUGCCAGUCUUCUACUGAUAAUCCCAAAUUUGAACCGUCGGGGACACACUCAGACUACACACACUUUUAUGGCUACAGUUUGUGGCGGAUGAAGAAAAGUCACAUGUGGCGUGCUCAUCUGAGGCCUGUGUUGACUUUACAAGGACAAAUGUCAAUAUUAUGCUUGUUUGUGUCUCACUGAACAAAAUUCUCCUUUCUUUUUCUUGAUUUAGUUAGGAGACAGUCAGAGAGGACUCACAUUAGAAACAGACUCUGGUGCUUCGU